UCAUGACUUGCAAAAAUAGUUUAGAAUAACAUUUAUUUUUUAGCUUAUUUGGCUUUCAAACUUUAAACUUUUCUUUCUGUUGAGCUAAUUUUUAGGGGGACUGGCAAGUAAGUGUCCGACUGGAUGGGAACUGUAUCAGCAUCUUUGCAUUCUUCAUGACGAUACGUGUGUAGAUUAUAGCACUGCAGCUGGUUUUUGUAAGAACCAUGGUGGAAAACUUCCAUCAAUGCUCAGUCAAGAGGAAAUUGACACCUCGCGUGGUUUUUCAAACUCCUAUUUUUGGAGUGGUUAUAGAAAAAUAGAUAGAACCUGGAAGUGGUUGAAUGGACGUAAAUCUAACUUUACAUUUUGGGUAGCAGGACUACCUGUGAAAGAUGGGAAACAUGCUUUAUCUGAUGAAAAUGGUGAAUGGAAGUUAGUUGGAAACGAAAUGUGUGCAGAAUCUUUAUGUUUUCUCAAAGCAGACUCAUUCUACAGUAGUCGGCAGCAAGUAUCUCUUACAGCUGAAGCUUUGACACCAGUUAGGGAAAAAGUUUUUGCAAAGGUAACUUCAGUUUGUUCUUCUUCAUGCACUGUCGAAUUCCCAACCUUACUGACCAUUUUACAGAAUACUGCUUCUGACAAUGAAAAUAAAUCUCCGGAGGAUUAUGUCAGAGCGAAAACAUCAAGAAGAAUAAUAAGGCCUUUCAUAGUCAUAGCUGAGAACAACUGGAUCUUGAUAUAUAUGGUUGAACUAUGCUGUAUGACAGUCAUAUUUGUUGGAGUAAUGGUUGCGGUAUUUGGAAAGACUUCUAGAGAACCGCAUUUUACGCCAUUGCAUUCCACUAAAUGA